UCCAUACCCGUGCGCAUGCUGGCAGCCCCUCUCAUGUGUGUGAGGUCAGCUCCGCACCCGCGCAGCACACGGUGCAGGUGGCGUUCCUGCACAGCUCUGGGCGCGAUGACGGGCACGACGGCAUCGUCUCUGACUGCCUGCGCCUGCUGCUGCCCUGCCCUCCGCCACGCACUCGGCUGACUUGUGGUGAGGCACGUGUGUUGAGGGAGCAUGGUGAUGGGUCGGGUGACGUGCCCGUGUGCUGCCGUGGUGUGAAUGAUCCGGGCGAGGGGUUAUUGGGGGAGGAGAGGCGUGUUGAAGAGGACCAAGAGCGGGUGAGAGCACAGGGAGGCAGCAGUGCGUGUGGGGCAGGGGAGGCAGGGGAGUGGAAGGUGGUGAAGCGGUGGCACGUGGGCAGCGAGGAGGUGGGGGAGCAGGGGCACGGAGAAGAGGGAGGAAUGUUGAUGGUGGCAGGGCACACAGCAGGCAGUGAAGGGGCGGUGGAGGCAGAGGGAGGGGUGGGGGCAGCAGAGGUGGGGGAGACGGUAGAGGUGCAUGCGCGGGGCAGGGUGGCGGUGCACUAUGGCGCACAGCUCAGAGGCUUUGGACGCGUGCUGCACGCCCUACCACCAUCGCUUGCCCACAUCCCCCCACACCUCGUGCUGCCCCUUCAGCUGUAG